AUGGAAUAUGAAUAAAGUAAUUUAAAAUUAAAGGCUAACUUACUUACUUUGGAAAAAUAAAAUUAAUUAUUGGAUUUAUAAUUGUAAGGAAAAAUAAAAGAGAUGGAUGAAGCUUAUAAUUUGUUGAAUAAAUAAAGGAAAUAAAGUGAAUAAGUUAACAAAGAGGCUGAAAAUCAUCGUAAAACUUUUACUUUAUUAUAAUAAUAAAAUAGUAAUUUAGAGAAUUAAAUACAAUGUUUUUAAGAAUAAAUUCAUAAGAUUUAUAGUGAAAAUGAAAAUUUGUAAUUAUUAUUUUUAUUAAGAUAGAUUAUCAUAAAUGUAAUAUUUACAAAAUUGUUUAUUAGAUAGAGAUUUAAUAGUACAAAGUAAGAAUUAAGAAUUGAGUGAGAAAAUAAAAGAAAUUGAUCAGAUGAAAAUUAAAUAUGAAUAGAAAAUUAAUGUUUCUACUUUGUAAUCAUCAGUUGUUCGUGUAUUUUAUUUAUAAAUUUAAAAUAGAGUUCUUCUUUAACAAGAUAAAUAGCAAAAUCUGAAUAGGAAAACAUUUUUUCAGAAUCUUUUUCAAAGUCCAAAUAUAUUUCGACAUCAAUUAUAUCAAGACCUCCUAGAUAAGCUAUGGCUAAAAUUGAUACAGAAAAUAAUAAUUAAUAUUAAUGA